CUUCCUUUCCUCUCCGUCCAGCAGUUUGUCCAAUCAGUGCCACCCAGAACUGGCUAUCUCAGGAUGACCGGCUGGAGGUCGACCCCUCCUAGAAAGCUCUGCUGGUUUGAUACUCUGCUCUAAUUGCUGUAAAUAUCCACCUCCAGCCCUAGCUAGAUCUUCCCACUGGAGUACCCACCCUGCUGUUGCUGACAAGGUGCCAGGGGCAGGGAGAGGGAUCUUUUCUCCCUUCGGUAAAUACCCCCCACCCCCUUCUCGGUCGGAGCCAGGCGGAGCACAGAGCCGAGCUGGAAGUGCCUCGUCCAGGAAAAGCGUGGGGGAGCCACGGGGGAACCUCUAGGAAGCACUUGACCCAAGCAAACCACCACAGUUCAGCAGCUCAGACGGCCUCAGCAUGGGGGCUUCUUAUGGCAAGAAAAAGGCGUAUAACCUCGAGCAGCAGAGUGCGAAAAGCGGAAGGCGAAUGAAUGGCGUGGCCUCAGCUUAUGCAGAUAUCCAGUGGGAGCAGCCUCAUCAGCCUGAUGGGCCUCACAGAGACCCGCUGCAUUACCCGCACCGAGACAUCCUCCCGGUGGCCAGCUACGCCCCUCAGCCAGAUUAUAUGGUGGGGGACGAUGAUCUCAUCAAGCCCAAAAAGCUGAUUAAUCCAGUGAAAGCCUCUAAAAGCCACCAGGAGCUCCAUCGAGAGCUGCUCAUGAACCACAAACGGGGUGUGGAGAAUAAGCCGGAGCUGCAGCGUGUGCUGGAACAGAGGAAGAGGGAGCAGAUGAUAAAACAGAGGAAGCUGGAGGAGGAGGCCAGGAGGAAGAUCUCCCCGCUGGAGCAGGAGCUCCUCAAGAGGCACAAGAAACUAGAGGAGCUAGAGCGAGAGCAGGAACAGCAGGAGGACUGCUCUCGCAGCGCUCCAGAAUUCAUCAAGGUCAAAGAGAACCUGAGGAGGACGUCGUUCACGAGCUCGGCAGAGAAGGAGGUGUAGAGCGGAAGAAGCUCCUGGAGAUUCACCCAAUGUAACAUAGAGAUCGACCGCACUGCUGUGCUUCUCUCUAAUAUCUCUCACCGUCUCACACGGACUCUACUGGUUCUACUGGACUAAACGUUCUCUUUCCCUGAAAACCAAGAAGACAGAGAGCCUCCGAAGUUCGGACACGGGAACGUGUCUCAGAUUUUGGGAACUUUGCGAGGACUUUACGAAAGUGUGGGUUGGAAAGUUAGCAGGAAGUCUCUGGGCAGCCAGACGAUGUGACCAGUGACCAGGGUUCCAGAGAACCACUGCUUUGAGACCGAGGUUGAGGUGCAAAGGCAGAGGUGGAUUUGAUUAACCUCUAACAUCGUUAUGUAUACAGGCAAUCAGGAAAACAAGAAAAAAAGAAAACCCUAUCAGUAUUAAUCUCUUUUUUGUGGUCGAACAUCUGCCAAAUAUACUACAAAUCCCGUAAACAUUUGAGGAAUCGAUGCUCAUCAACGUAAUACCGCUUUACACUUAUGUACACUAAGUGUGUUAAACACCUAUUUAAUACGAUAUAACACAAAACAUACUUUAUCCAUCAGCACAGGUCACUUUUUUGCUCCUAAGUAGAACCACUAAUACCUUAUUUUAUAGUUUAUUUUACUGUGAUCACAAAAUAAAUUGGCAUCAGCUGGACUUCCAUCCAAAUGUUUGGAACGCAAUUUUGCAUUUCACCACAAAAACAUAAUAUAUAUAGUGAAAUAAGUUGUGUUUCCAUCCACUACAGUUAUUAGAAGAAACUUGACUGUGACACCCUAAUGAUGUCCACCACACUCAUGGGAGUGCAAACACACCAGACAGUUCUGCAAGAAAAAGUGCAGAGCUGUGUGUCGGUCAACACAAUAGGGAAAUGAAGCUGGAUGCAGUUGUAGACAUAUCUUUAUUAACAAGCAAAACACAGUCAAAUAAUCAGACACUAAUGUACAAGUGCGUUAAACAUCUAUUUAAAAACGAUAUAACACAAAACAUACUUUAUCCAUCAGCACAGGUCACUUUUUCGCUCCUAAAUAGAAUCACUAAUACCUUAUUUUAUAGUUUAUUUUACUGUGAUUACAUAAUAAAUUGGCAUCAGUUGGAUUUCCAUCCAAGUGUUUGGAAUGGAAUUUUGCAUUUUAUCACAAGUAAUUAUAAGUUGUGUUUCCAUCCACUACAGUUAUCCACUACCAUGAUUAGGAGUGGCAGAAACCUAUUUGUGACCAUUUCCGAUGUUUGAUCGCUAAUUAGGAUGAGCAGGGCCUAUCUUUGUGACACCCUAAUGAUGUCCACCACACUUGUGGGAGUGCAAACACACCAGACAGUUCUGCAAGAAAAGUGCAGAGCUGUGUGUCCGUCAACACAAUAGGGAAAUGAAGCUGGAUGCAGUUGCAGACAGAUCUUUAUUCACAAGCAAAACACAGUCAAAUAAUCAGACAAAUGGUCAAAACGGGCAAACAAACACAGGAAUACAAGAAAUAAAAGAAACACUUAAAAGUUUAGAUCACGAUAAACGGAAACGAAGAUUUUGCAAUGUGUCUACAGCUUGAGGCUCUUUUAAAAAGAGUGUAAAUUGUUGGCGACUAGAACUUCAGUGAGACCAAGUGCUGUUGGGUUGAGGGUGGAGUUACACCAGAGGCACUUACAUUAGACAUCAUCAUGUAUUUAAAAAAAAAUAUAUAUAUAUAUAUACCAUCUCUCUUUUUCACAGUUUGGAUUCCUGCAAAAUUUUGUAAAAACUUUUCCACAGCAUUGUAGCAAAAAACAAUAAGCUUUUUCUAUUCAGGUUUUAUAAAGCACUUUUUUUUUUAACAAGUUACAAUAGGUCUAUGGGCUACACAAAACAUGUUCAUGUAGUUCUGUGCACAAAAUCGCUCUAAAAUAAAGGGUUUUAGUCCCUUUUAAAAAGAACUGUUUAAGGGCUCUGUCACUUUUAUGCAAAUAAGCUGUUGCUGCCAUGACAUCACAUUUACACUGAGCGGUUACCGCACGUUAGUGUUAGCUCGUGCUAAACGGCGAAACAAGAACAAGCUAGUUCGUGCUUAACUGUAAUAGAAGGAUAAAACUUAUUUGCUGACUUGCCAAGGUCAGUAGGUACAGAUCCCUCCCUCAGACGAAGUCUGCUGGCUAAUCCCUAAUCCUGCUGUGUACUGUACAUUGUACAGAGCUCUCAACCUGCAGAUCGACAUGUCGUUUUUUUCAACUGAUCUAGUGGGUGGGGCUCUGGGGAGGGUUGCCAGGUGAGGGGUGGUGCCAGGGUGGUUCUAUGUAUGUUUAAUUAUUUUACAGAAAACAGAUGGAUGGAUCGAGAACCAAGUAGACAAAAUAAAGGAAAUAAAAAAAGUGUGCAAACAGUGAACAUUGCAUAAUAUGUUGCCUUUAACAAUUUGCAAAAAUGUAGUGGAUGGAAACCAGCUAUUUUUUUUUCUUCAAUCAACAUACAGGGGUUGGACAAUGAAACUGAAACACCUGUCAUUUUAGUGUGGGAGGUUUCAUGAAUAAAUUGGAGCAGCCUGGUGAUCAGUCUUCAUUAAUUGCACAUUACUGCACCAGUAAGAGCAGAGUGUGAAGGUUCAAUUAGCAGGGUAAGAGCACAGUUCUGCUCAAAAUAUUGCAAUGCACACUAUAACAUUAUGGGUGACAUACCAGAGUUCAAAAGCAGACAAAUUGUUGGUGCAUCUGUGACCAAGACAGCAAGUCUUUGUGAUGUAUCAAGAGCCACGGUAUCCAGGGUAAUGUCAGCAUACCAUCAAGAAGGACCAACCACAUCCAACAGGAUUAACUGUGGACGCUGUAAGAGGAAGCUGUCUGAAAGGGAUGUUCGGGUGCUAACCCGGAUUCGGCUGCCCCAAUAUUCACCUCAACUCUCCUGUUUUCACCAGAACUGUCCAUCAGGACAAUAAAUUAUUGUGGUCUAAAACCAGUUUCAUUGUCCAACCCCUGUCCAACCCCUUCAAAAAAAACUUUUAUUCUUUGAUUUCCUCACAUGAAUAUGAUGAACGAAACUAUAUAUCUGUACAAAACCCAUCCACAAACAACAGCAACACCGACACAAGCUGAAAAACCCAGUCAUUACUGUGAUUCUGUACUGAACUGGUGAUACUCCUGCUAUCACACGCUGCUUAUCACUUGACCACAGUAAAAAAAAAAGAGAAUGUAUUUUUACGUAGAAACAGGGUGGAGCUGGGUUUGUUUGUCUCCACUCUUUUAUUCAGUGCCUUUCUGAAAAGUGAGCAAGCAAGCCUGACUGUUACUGCAUUUCAAUCAAUUUUACAUCAAUAAUAGAGAAGACUUGUUUUUUCAAGGGCUUACCCAGCAGCCACAGGACAUCAAUAAGAUGUUGGACAGACGGUUGGUCAGAUUUUAGAGUUGAAUAUCCGUGGAAAACAAACAUUGGACUGACAUCAAGCUCCAAAGUUAGAAAGACGUGAAAAUGUAAUGAGUUAACAUCAAGUUACUCAUCUGUCGAAAACCAAUACUGGUUUGAUAUUUCAAGUUCCAUUGUUGUAAAAUCUAUCAUAAACCAACAUCGGACUGACAUCAAGCUCCAAAAUUUGAUAUUUUGGUUCAAAAUCAAAGUCAAAUAUAUGUUGAGAAAUCCAACAUUGGGUUAACAUCAAGCUCCAAAGUUGGAGAGACAUUGAAUUUUGGUUCAAAAUAAAAUCAUAUGUCAAAAAACAACAUUGAGUUGACAUCAAGCUCCAAUGUUGUUUAGAUGUUAAACCAAUAUUGGGUUAAAAUCGAGCUCUACUGUUAGACAGAUGCUGCUAUUUGGUUCAAAGUCAAAGUCACAUAUCUGCCAAAAAGUAAAACUGGACCGACAUCAAUCUCCAAUGUUGUUCAGAGGUUAAAAGUAUAAAUGGGUUGCAAUAAAGCUUAAAUUUUGGUUAAAAAAACAGUCCCACAUAUCCAUAACCUCAAGCUCAAACAUUGUACAGAAAUUGAAUUUUGCUUCCAUUCAAAGUUACAUAUCUUUCAAAAACCAACAUUUGGUUGACAUUUUAAGUUCCAAUGUUGGAUUUAGGUGUAAAAUCAAUCUCUCAUAUCCAGCAAAAACCAACAUCGGACUGACAUCAAGCUCCAAAAUUAAAGUCAAAUAUAUCCGUAAACAUACAACAAUGGGUUAACAUCACCUAACAUUUUUUUUUUAAAUCCAACAUUGAGUUGAUAUCAAGCUCCAAUGUUUUUAGAUGUUAAAACCAACAUUUGGUAAAAAUCAAGCUCUAAGGUUAAACAGAUGCUGCAAGUCACAUGUCUACCAAAAACCAAAACUGGCUUGACAUCAAUCUCCAAUGUUGUUUAGGUGUUAAUGCCAACAAUGGGUUUCAAUAAAGCUCAAACGUUUUACAAAUGUUACAUUUUGGUUAGAAACAGUCACAUCUAAAAUAAUCCAACAUUGGGUUUCCAUCAAAUGUUGUUCAAAUGUUGAAAACAAUAAUGGGUUUUCAUUUGAAAUCCAAGGCACAAAUCUGUCAACAAUAACAUUCGGUUGACAUUAAUCUGUAAUGUUAAAUGGACAUUGAUUUUUAAAAAUAAACUAAGUAACAUAUCAACAUGUCAAAAGCAACAUUCGGUUGACAUCAAGUUUCAAUGUUGUUUAGUGUUGUUGACAUUGAUUUUGGAAAUUAAAGUCACACAUAUGGCGAAAUCGAACAUUGGGUUGACAUUAAGCUCCAACAUUGUUCAAACAUUGAAACCAACAUUGGGUUAAAAUCAAGCUCUAACGUUAGACAGAUGUUGUAUUUUGCUUCAAAAUUAAAGUCACAUAUCGGCAAAAAAUCUAAACUGGGUUGAUAUCAAUCUCCAAUGUUGUUCAGAUGUGAAAACCAACAAUGGGAUGCAAUAAAGCUCCAACAUUGUACAAAUGUUACAUUUUGGUUAAAAAACAUAGUCACAUAUCUGUCAAAAUCCAACAUUGGGUUGCCAUCAAGUUGAAUUGAGAUUAACUCCAACAUUGUUUAAACCUUGAAAACAACAUUGGGUUAAAACCAAGCUCUAACAUUAGCAGAUGUUGCAUUGGGUUACACUGGGUGGACAUCCAAACUCAAACAUUGUUUAGAUGUUAUGGUUUGGUUGGAUUUCAAAUUUUAAUUGGUCAACAAAUUUGGGUUGGAAUCAAUCUCAAACAUUAAAGAGACACUUAAACUUAUCAACAUAUCAACAUCUAACAGUAUGUUUAGCAGAGGUUGGGUUGUGGUCCCUAUACAGUAUCUCGAGACCUCAAAGUCAGUAUGAUGUUGGCAUGUGACAUUUGCAAGAUGUUUGAUUUUGGACACUUUAUUUCAGAACUUAAAACCCUUAAUAUCAACAAAAUAAUAAAACGUUUAGACUUUUGGCAUCAAAACCCACAUUUAACCAGAUGUUGGUGGGCAGCUGGGUAGUUCUGGCAGGUGUAGGUUAAAUCCUGUAGCAUGUCUGCAGUGUGUGUCUGUGUGUGUAUGUUUACGUGUUUACUGUAUGUGUGAAAGUGAAAGUUUGAGAGUGAAAGAUUAUUAACAGCAGUAUCCAGCCGUUAAUCACAAUCUGAAAUUAGCAUAAUCACAAUCACUGGUGAAAGAAAGAUCACACUGAUGAAUCAGACUGCACGUUUACUGUAUAUCGAACUGAAUUUUAUUAGGGAUGCACUAAAAUUAAAAUUUUUGAACAAAAAAAAAUGAAAUAAUGAAGCAGCUGAAUUAUGUAAUAUGGAAUUUUUUUUUUAUUUUAUAUUUUUUCUAUUUUUUACCAUUGCAAAAGUAUUUUUUUUUUGUUUGUUAGGAUUUUUAGGCAUUUUUAAUUUUUUUGCAAUUUUUGGUUUAAUCAUUUUAUAAUUUCGGUUGCAGAAUAUAUUUAAUAUUUGGUGCAUCCCUAAAGUUUUCUUCUUCUUUUCCUGUUUAUGAAACAUAAACCUAAUUCUUUAGCAGCACUUAUCAUUUUGUCUUUUUCUAAUCCUAUGGGUUUUAAAGCACAAGCCUUUAGCAGUCUCUAAAGCCAUUGGAAAUAACAAUCAGUAUAAAACCAAUUCUCAUGUGUUUGUAUUGGUAUUUUAUGUUCUUGUUAAUUGUUAAUUGCGUUUUUGAUUUGAUUUGUUGGUUCUGGAACACUGUAGUAGCUGUAAAUCAUGACACAUUUGAAGGCACACAUACUGUAUGCACACACUUUGCUGUAAAAAAGUGACAAAAGAAGUGUUAUAACUUUAUAUAAAAAUAAACGGAAACUAAUAUUA